AAGAUCCUUAAUCUUUGGUUAGAAUAGUUAGAUAUUCAAAAGUCUGACAAUUAUUAUGUUAUUAUUUUUAAAUAGCUUUGAAUUGAAUGUAUAAAUUGCGAUAUGUUUGAAGAUGAUAUAGAUUUUGAUGAGAUUUUGAACUGUUGUGAAUUAUCGAACACUUCACUGAAGAGACCCAAUAACGAUACCCAAACUGAGCAAUUAAUCAAGAAGACUAGGAUAAGCUCAGUUGCACGCAUUGACAAUGAAAUUAACACAUCAAAAUCGAACGAAACUAAGAAAGUUUUCCAUUUCAAAAAAAAGGAAGAUUUUAAAAAAGAAGUCAUAAAUAAUGCAGGAAUAUUUAAUGUAAAUAACAAAAUAUUCAGUUCCACAACAAGUAAUGUAGUGGAAUCAGAAAAAUAUGAAGUGAAGAAUAAUUCAAUUAUAGAAAAUCUAGAAAAAUGUAGUUAUUUGACACAAGACAAGAAUAAAAGGGAGGAUAAAAUCAAUUCAGUUCCAAGUUCUGGGAACCCAAUUCCUAAGUUCAAUAUUGAAAGUAUAGAUCCUGCUUCCAAUAAUUUAGAUCAAUUUUCAAAAAAAUACUUACCCACGAAAAAUACAAACGAUAGUAGUAUUAUCAAACGUAGAUUUCCAGGUCCAGCAGGACUCCUUCCCGAAAGAAAUCCAAACAAUUCUGUAUUAGAAAGCAUGGAUAAUUCUUCUAGGAGAGAAACAAAGGAGGAAAUAUUAUCCCAAAAUGCUUAUGUUUCUUUCAAUGAGAUACUGUGGAAUAAAAUGAUACUUGAUUACAAAGCACAAGAAGUUUUGCUUCCUGAAAAAUAUAAUAUACAAUGGAUUAAAAGUAGAAUGUCAAUGAAAAAGUUAAUAAAUCAGAAAGCACCUUUUUUAGCAGCUUUUGUAGAUAUUAUCCGAAGCCAUAGUAUCCAAAACCCAAUUGUGAAUCUUAUUCUCAGAGAUAAAACAGGAACCAUUCAGGGAACUAUUUUACACAACUUGUAUGAAGAACAUUCAGGCAAUCUUACUGUUGGAUCUGUUAUAGUUCUUAGAGAUUUAGGAGUAUUAAGCAUAGGAUCUAAUAAUGAACCAUUCUUAGCCAUUACCAGAAACAACCUUAUAUCAAUCUACUCUAACAGAAAAAAAAUUACAAAUAGUUCGACACAGACAUCUGAUGAAAUUACAAAAAUUAUUUUACAAAAUUUAGACCCAAAUGAAAUAUUAAAUAAAAUAAAAGAAACUAGAAAACAUCACAAGAUUAAAUUGGAAAACACUCCUAAAAUUAUUCAAAACACAUCUUUGUUACAAGAGGAAAUUAAAGGGCCUUCUAAUAUGAGUGAUACAUUUAGGAAAGUUGUACAGAAUACAAAAUUUUCGGUCAAUUCUAGGUCUCCUAAUUUAAAUGUUCUCAGAAUCAAAUCUUCAGUUAGUGAUAAUUCUGUAAAAGUAAAUGAAGGUGGUUCAAACAGUCCCUGCCACAAUGAAAAUCAAAAACUCAAAGAUAUUAUAGGCUUCUUUGGUACCCAAAAGGAUAUUGAAGAAUUCUUCAAUGACGAACCAACCUCAUGUAGCACUCAGAAAGAAUCAUCACAUGAAAAUGUUAACAGGCUAGAAACUAGCAGUGUUGAUAAUAAAAUUUUUGAAGAUAUGCUUGAGGGGGUUGAUACUAAUGCGCUAUUCGAUGAAUUUUGAAUUAUUAAUAAAACUGUUGAUUUAUUUUAGUGUUUUGCCAUAUCUAUUCCUCAUAUGUCACUAUGGAAGAUUCAAAAAACUUAUUAAAUAAUUGAAUUAAAUAUUCAAUCAUCUUGAUGAUCAUAAGGUUCAGAAUCAAUAACAAUAAAUCUCUAAACUAUUUAUUGAAUAUUUCAAACAAUAAAAAUAUUGAUUCAAAUUAUGGAACUACAAAAUUUACAAAACAUUUUACCACUGCCUUAUUUUUCCUUGUGUUGCAUGAGACAAAAUCCAAGUAUUACGAGGACUCUUCUUCAUAGCCAUUUGCUUGUGUCUGGGAUGUGUUUUGCAGAUAACAUGCAGUCGAUCUUCUCUACUAACAAAAAAACAAUCUUUACACCUUCUUCGGAGAAAGCCCUUAACUUUGAAACCGCAAUUCAUUUCUAACUGUACAUUGUUAGGUGCCAAGAAGCUGGUAUUUGGAACGAUAGUUUUCCA